AUGGAUGUCUCCUACAACUGCACACUGGGUGUGCCCUGUGUCCCAGAUCUGGAUGUCACUAGUGGCAAAGCUGCCAAGGUGGCGUCAGUUAGGGUUCAGCUGGAGAUGCACACCCUGUGGGAGCAGUUUGAUCACCUGGGGACAGAGAUGAUUGUCACAAAGGCUGGAAGGAGAAUGUUCCCCACGUUCCAGGUCUGCAUCUCAGGCAUGGAUCCUGACUCAGAGUAUGUUCUGCUCAUGGAUUUCAUCCCCGUGGAUGACAAGAGAUACAGGUAUGCCUUCCACAGCUCGUCCUGGGUGGUGGCGGGUCGCGGUGAUGCUUCCCCCCCUGGGAGGGUGCACUUCCACCCUGACUCCCCCGCACGAGGAGCCCAGUGGAUGAAGCAGACGGUCUCCUUCGAUCGGCUCAAACUCACCAACAACCUGCUGGAUGACAAUGGACAUAUCAUCUUGAACUCGAUGCAUUGCUACCAGCCACGCCUGCAUGUGGUGCUGGUGGACCCAAGGCGCGACAGCCACAGCUACGCUCAGCGGAACUUCUGCACCUUCUCUUUCCCAGAAACACGCUUCAUUGCUGUCACUGCUUACCAAAACCACAGGAUUACCCAGCUAAAAAUAGCCAGCAACCCCUUUGCCAAAGGCUUCCGGACAGCAAACCCAGAUAACUGGUAA